CGAACUUUCCGUCAUAGCUGAGUGACUUUUUCGAAACUAGGCAACAGACGCUGCUGCUGUGCAAACCGUGAUCCAGGACAAAGUUUGUACAAGAAAUCAGUUAGACUUAGAGAAGAUGGAUCCAGCUGCGGUACAGACACGAUAUGAGGAUGUGUGCAUGGAGUUAGAGGUCAAACCAAAUCCUUAUAUCAUGAAGGUGUUGGACAAGGAGAGAGAUGAACAAAUCAUGUGGGAGCUUACUGAAAAUGACCCCAAAGACUUCAUGGAUAUGGAAAUGCCAGGGAACAACCACCUCCUGACCGAUAAGAUGCUUCAGGAUGAGGAUGCAUACGUUCUCCUGAAGGUCCUUGCAAACAACACCUACGUCACUGGGCUGGACAUGAGGUAUAACCAGAUAACGGACAAGGGUGCCGAACACAUUGCAGAACUACUUAAGGAAACGUGUGCUUUGAAGAGACUCAGUCUGAUGUGUAAUGAUCUGGGCCCUGAGGGUGGUGCUAUCAUUGCCAAUGGUCUUCAGCUCAACGAGACACUUCAAGAGUUAAAGCUAAAUGGUAACAAGAUAGGGAACAAAGGAGGCAUGGCACUCGCCGGUGUCUUGCAGGUCAACACAGCUUUACAAUCACUGGAUCUCGGAGAUACAGAUCAGGACACUCAGAGCAUGAUUGCCUUCACCACGGUGCUCAACUACAACAGCACGCUCAAGGCGCUGUGCAUGAACCGCCCUCUGUUGUUCAGUCAGCAGGAGGAGACGACCAUCCACUUCGCCAAGAUGCUGAAGGUCAACAGCACCCUCACCGAGCUUCACCUCCAGAAGUGCGACAUCAAGGAUACGGGAGCGGAGAGGCUGUCAGAGAUGCUGGUGGAGAACAUUGGUCUCAAGUAUCUGGAUCUGGCAUGUAACAAGAUCCGAAGAGACGGGGCCAAGUACCUGUCACGGGUCCUCAUGAAGAACACUCCCUUGGAGGUCCUGGACCUGGGUCAUAACUGCAUCGAGGAUGACGGGGCAAUGGACCUCAGCAGAGCACUGACAGACAUGAACUCAAACCUGCACACGCUAGUAAUCACGAGUAACAACAUCAGAGCACCAGGUUUGUGUGCCAUAGCCAGUGCCAUGGAGAAUAACCCUAAUUUCAACAGCGUGUUUAUCUGGGGGAACCAUCACGAGGAAGAUGCCUGUAAUGCGUUUCACAGGCUGAUAGAGGGCGGUAAUCUAGAACCGGAGAAGACGGACGUCAAACCUUACGUUGUCGAUGGCCAGGUCUAUCUUUCCGAGCUAUCACAUGGCCUUCGGAGACAUUACUAUUGGACGCCGUUCUACGGCCCCGAUGUGAAAAAUGAUAAAAAGAUAUAAUUCAGCUUCAUUCUGAGUUUCCUAGACAUCACAAGUACAGUGACUGAAACCUGUCUAUAAAGACCACCCAAGUAAGACAAGGAAAUUGGUCUUUAUAAGCAGGUAGUCCUUAUAGGCAGGAGGUCCUUAUGUACAGGUUCAUUAAGUAAAUGAUUCAAUGAGAAACCAUUUUUGAGGGAAACAAAAAUGAGGUCUUUGUAGACAGGUGGUCUUUCUAUACAGGUGGUCGCUAAAGCAGGUCUGACUAUAUUCGUGUGAAUCAUUGUAAAACCAGAGGCUAUCACAUGCAUGAUACUAACUUGAAUAAACACCAAUCAAGUUUGCGAGGGGUCUAGAAUUGUGAAACUUCAUGCCAUGAAAUAAUCAAUCGGACUAGACAAAACACUAUUUAAAAAAAUCAUUUCAGGAAAGUUUCUUAUUUCCACAAGAAUGGCCAUUGUUUCAGUUAUACAAAAGUUUCUGCUUUUAGAGUAGUGGGAAAGGUUUGUGGACUGUAUCUCAUAAAGGUUGCGAUUGAGCUUGUAAUGUGGCAAGAUGCACUUUCCUUUUUAAAUAGCAUACGCUAGUUAUUGUUGCACGAGGCAUUG